AUGGAGAGACCUUUGAAGAGAUUACGGAUUGAAGAUCCUGACAUCCGCUCACCACGAGAUACUGGCUCUCGGAUGGCCGAGGGUCUAUUUACCUCAGAAAUGGGCAUACAAAGCGACGACACUGAUGGGCAUCCAGCGGCAACGCCGGCCCCUACAGCCCAAUUAAACCUCUACCAACGACGGGCCAUCUUUGGCGAUGGUCUCCAGGCCCAUCCUCUUCCUCAUCUACAGAAGAGGACUGACGCUACUAUCACGGUCGCAGCGUCACAAGUUGUCGUCAACGUCAACGAUGGCACCUCCACGUUUCUGGCAACCACGAUCCCUACGGCGUCUACCGAUUCUAUACUAUCACUGUCAGAUCUAGGCUCGGUGACAAUACCAGGAGAUCUGACUUCUAUUCCUACAUUGACGCAGACCGAAAGCAGUAUCAACAACGGCACGACCUCCGGAGUUGGAAGCUCCAGCUCGAGUAGCACCAGCAGCAGUACACCAAGCAUCUCGGAAAUUUCGUCCACCAGCUUGAAUGGCACCAUCACUUCUUCGACCAAUAUUGUUACGGUGACAACGACGUCAACUCUGGAGAUCUCUUACAUUAAUGGCACCUUAUUUCCCGUAGUCCUUGCCACGGUCAGCGAUGAUAGCGGUACUACCGACGUUGAGCCAACGAAUACAGCUUUCGGCAUCGGCGUUUCGUCCGAUGACAGCAGCACUGCCACUGCUGCCGCUACAGGUGACAAUGGGGGCGCAAUAGUCGGAGCGACCGCAACCUCGGAAGCACCCGCUGCGACAUCAAGCUCGUCCGGAGGUGGCGGAGGCGGCGGUCCUUCGUUGAGUCCGCAGCAGCAAGAGGUCGUCGGUGGAGUCGUCGGUAGCAUAGCAGGCGUGGCAGUGAUUCUGGUCUUCAUCCUCUUCCUGCUCAGACGACGUCGAAUGAAGCUGAAGGCUCAGGGACGUUUGCCAGAGCAGCUCGCUGAGAGGAACAUGCUGGAAGGCGGCAAUGAUGGUCCACAGCGGAUGUCAGGGCGGUCCUCCGUCAUUCCACUCACAGCGACUCUUGCUAGCAGUCUUCGAAAACUCCGACCCUACUCCAGUCACACUCAAGCCACGGACUUGACAGCUUCGACAGUACCUGAAAGUGAACGUGGCUUUCAGAAAAUCGCAGGCCGAAAAAUUGCCCCUGUCCUUAGUACUGGAGGAGAUGGGUUUGGAGGCGACUAUGGUGCGUUCUCGAAAGAAGCAGGCGGAUCGGCCGCUGGCCACCAACGCAACGAGAGCAAUCUGACAGGGUCCUCGUUCUAUCGCGACAGUCGAGGCUUCUAUGGAGGUCGUGGGACGGACACGCCUACGUAUCCACCCAGUCCUACCAUAGGGUCAGGUGAGGAGAAGCCUGGCCCAAGCUCGACUCGAGAUUUCGCAGCAUCCGGACCGCGCACGCCGAGCCAGGUCUCGGUCGGUCAGCCCGAAGGUAUGGCUGCUCUGAGACCAAGCCCUGCUCGAACGCCGGUCACUAUCAGCCCGGCACCGAGCUCCAUCCGGCUACCGAUACAGCAGACUCCGGAUAUGCAGAUGCUCCGCCGAUGCCGCCACUGGCUCAUGGUUUGCCUGUUCCGGACGGCGUUGGACGUACACUUGCGAGCCGUGAUGGCAGCCGUGUGA